AUGGAAAAUUCGACUUUCGAUACCACAAAUUUUAGCAAUCUCAUCCACGAAUUGCUACAAAAACAGAGGCAAAUUGAAACUGAAUUUGAAAUCGAUUUAAAUCGAUCGAUUAUAGAAGAAGAAGAAACAAAGAGUUUUGGAGAUGAAUUCGUACCAAUACUCAACAAUAUAAACAAUGUAGACGAUGCAGAAGAAGCAAUUAACAAUGCAGAAGAAGCAAUUGAGAAUGCAGAAGAAGCAAUUGAGAAUGCAGAAGAACCAAUUGAGAAUGCAGAAGAACCAAUUGAUAAUGCAGAAUAUCAAGUGGUUCCUGAUACAAAUCCAAUUCAUGCUUCUGGUUUAGAUCUUAGAGGUUCAUUUUUUUGGUGUGGAAAGAGAAAUUCAGGUUUCAAGAAAACAAAGUUGGUUGAAAUGGUUAAUGAAGAGGAUGUGAAUGUGAAAACAAGAAAGCCAAGACAAGUAGCCAUUACAAGAUCAAAUUGCAAGGCAUGCAUAAGAGCAAAAGUGAAUAAAGAAGGAAAGAUUGAGGUAGUGGCUCAUGUUAUUCAGCAUAACCAUGAGCUAACAAGGUCACAGUGGCAUUAUUUGCAUCCUUCUGAAAGAAAAAUGACAGAAGAAAAAGCUGAAGCAAUAAAAACAAUGAAAUCUUCAGGUCUAACUACAAUGGACACUUACAAGUACAUGGCUACAGAGGCUGGAGGAGAACAGAAUAUAGGUCAUAGUGUUGUAGAUCAUCUGAAUUUUUGCUCAAGGUUAAGAAUGGAACAAAUUGAGGCUAGAGAUGCUCAAAAUUUAGUGAACAUUUUAAAUCAGGAACAAUCAAAGGAUCCAAAAUUCUUUUUUAGAGUUAAGUUUGGCAAGGAUGGAAGAAUUUCCAAUAUCUUUUGGAUAGAUUCAAUGAUGCUAGAAGACUAUAGGAUAUAUGGAGAUGUGCUUGUCUUUGAUACAACAUACAGAACCAACAGAUAUAAUCUUAUAUAUUCAUUCAUUUGGCUACUAGAAACAUUCUUGAAAGCUAUGGAGAAUAAAAAACCAACUUCAAUAUUCACUGAUCAGGACCAAGCAAUGGCAAAUGCAAUUGAGCAGGUGCUUCCUAAUACAAGGCAUAGACUUUGUAUCUGGCAUUUGGAACAAAAUGCUAUAACCAGAUUUGGAGCUCUUAAAAAAGACAAAGAAUUCAAGUAUGCAUUCAACCAGUGUUUAAAGAUGUGUGUGACAGAACAAGAAUUUGAAGCAAAAUGGCAAGCAAUGAUGCAAAAAUAUGAGUUGACAGCACACUCUUGGUACCAAAGAGUGUACGAGUUGAAAGAGAAAUGGUGUCCUGCCCUUAGUAGAGAUUUCUUUUCAGCAGGAAUCUUAUCGUCACAAAGGAGUGAAAGCACUAAUCAUGCAAUAGGAUUCAUAGCAAGUAAAGCAACUACCUUGACAGAAUUUUAUACCAUAUUUAAGAAAACAAUCAAUCGUUGGAGAAGCACAGAGAAAUAUGAUGAGUUUACCUGUAGCAAGUCAAUAACAUUCACUUCAUUGCCACUAUCUGGAAUGCUAAAACAUGCUGCUCAGGUUUUCACUUUGUCACUCUUUAGAGAUUUUGAAGAGGAGUUUGGAUAUUCUAUGGCAACAACUGUUCAAAUGAUUGGAAGAAAUGAAGAAUGUCUACUCUAUCAGGUAGCCCUAGAAGACAAGCCAUGGUCUGCACAUCAAAAUUCUACACUUGCAUUCAGUAACAAGAAUACCAGACAAUGCUGCCAGAGAGAAAGUGCAGAAGCUGCUUCUAAUGUUCCUGAUGUGGCAGACAGCAAUCAUAGCAAUGAUGAUGUUUCUUCGGCAUCGAGUACAAGCACAAGUGUACCAACAAUACUUGAUCCACAAAGGGUUGUAACAAAAGGUAGAAGCAAUAGAGCAAAAGGAGGUCUUGAAAAAAGCAAGAGAAAAAGAAAACCAGCACUGCCACCUCCACAUUCAGAAUUUGGAUCUAAAACACCUAAUUUGAGACUCUUUUAG